AUGCAUCACCUGCACUCUUCUAGCGCUCCACUUUCGCCUGACAUAAGCCGCUCACCUGCACCAGCCUGCCCACCUACCUGCUUCGCCAAUCACUCUGACAUUUCACGCCUCUACGCCCACCAGCACCCACCUACACUCGUGCCGCACCCUGCGCUACCAGCUGUUUGCCCCACCAACGCCCAUCCUGCGCACCUGCACUCUUUUGCCACCAUUCGCCUCCUGCGCCCCACCGGCACCACUCCUGCGCCCACCAGCCAGCGGCCUGACGGUUUGCUCUGCACCAGCGUCCUCAUGCACUCAACGCUCUCCUGCACCCGCCAUGCUUGUUCACUCAUGCUGCGCUCACCUACACCCUUGUCUCGCCUUAUCGCUGUGGCCUGCGCCCGCAGCGCCUCCUGCGCCCCGCCGACGCUCUCCUGCGCCCGCAACGCCUCCUGCGCCCACCAGCUUCAUUGUUCUGUGGCUUUGCACUCCUGCACCCAGCGUCAUCCUGCGCUCAGCGCCCUCCUGCGCCCAUCCUGCGGCCCCGCACCUGCGCCUGCUCCUGCGCCCCGGCAGCGCCUCCCUGCGCCCCCCACCGGCUGGCGGUACCUGCGGCUGCACUCUCCUGCGCACACCAGCGUCAUCUGCGCUCGCCGUCAUCUGCCUGCAAGCUGCCACUGUGGCUACAGGCUACACCCACCAACGUCAUCCUGCAACACAUCUCGCCCACCAGCUGUGGCUACGCCUGCCUUGCCCAUCCUGCCUGGCUGGCCUGUGAACACGCCCAUCAUCGCCCACCAACGUCAUCUCGCAUCCUGCACUUCCGCCAGCGUGCUCCUGCGCCCACCAGCGCCCUCACCAGCUGUUACCACAGCGGCUACGCCCUCCUGCGCCCACCAACGUCCUCCUACGCCCCACCAACGCAUCCUACGCCCACCAGCCAGCAGCCUGCAGCAGCUUUCACGCCCCUCCUGCACCCACCAGCAUCCUCCUGCACCCUCCUGCACCCGCAACGCCGCCUGCGCCUCCUGCGCACCAGCACCCACCACGCUCACCUGCGCCCGCAACGCCCAUCCUCGCCCCGCCAGCUGCCAGCCUCUGGCAGCCUACGCUACGCUCACUACACCCACCAACGUCACUCCUACUUGCCCACCAGCACCCGCCUGCACCAGCAUCCUGCGCACCGCCAGCUGUGACCUGCAACCAGCUUUCACGCACUCCUGCGCCCACCAGCGUCACUCCCUGCACCCGCUCAACGCACUCCUGCGCCCACCAGCACCAUGGCCUGCGCAACGCACUCCCCUACGCCCGCCUGCGCUCUUCCACGCCCGCAACGCCUCCUACCCACCAGCUGUAUUACUCUGUAUAUUUCACGCAUCCUGCCGCCCACCAACGUCAUCCUGCGCCUCAACACCUCUGCACCUGACUGCUUAUUCGCCACCAGCACCCUCCUGCGCAUACGCUCACCACCCCUGCCCUUACCACCCCACCAACACCCCACCUCGCCACCAGCACUUACCUGCGCCUGUUGCCUCCACGCCCCCACCAGCUGGCCCGUACCGGCAGCUACGCCUCCUACGCCUGGCGUCAUCCUGCACCCGCAGCGCCCUCCUGCCUUACCGGCUGGCAGCCUGCGCACCAGCGCCCUCCUGCGCACCAGCGCACUCUACGCCCCACCAGCUGCCGGUACCGGCAUUGCGCCCAUCCUGCCCGCCAGCGUCAUCACCGCGCAUCCUGCGCGCACCAGCGUCAUCACCACGCCACCAGCGCCGCUCCUGCGCCCGCCAGCUUUCAGCGGCCUGCAACCAGCUGCGCGCUCCUGCACGCCACCGGCAUCAUCCUGCGCCCCGCCAGCGCCAG